GCACCGAAAAUGUCAAGAAAGUUUUCAACAAUUUGUUUACAAAUGUGAAAUUCACUGAAAUCGUCUUUUUGAAUUUAAUUUAAAACAUCAGAAGCUAAGUAAUGCUGAAAGUGUUCCGUGCUUCAGCAGCCGCGAUUGGAUUUUAUCGUUGUCAACGUUUUUCACAGAGUUUCCUCAAAUUGUCUAGAAAUCAAAUCCUUCCACAAAGAUAUCUCAAGUGUAGCCUUCCGUUUCCGAAUUGUCACAAUGUAGCCUACAGUGCAUACAGCUCAACUGUUCCGUCGCGAUUUCUUUGCACAGUUGAUGACAACAACUACAUCGAUGAUUUGGAGGAAACGUAUGAUGAUUUGCCUGACCAUGCAGAUAGUGGAUGCACGCAGAUCAAGAAUUUCUUGUAUCCACACCUGGACAAUGAUGAUGAGCUGCUGAACCAAAUAAAUAAUUGUGAAAGUGAAGACAUCCUAUUAAGAACACUUUUCAACAACAAUUUGGAAGGCAUAUCCCGUCAUCACACAAUUCUCUUCGUGGUCAAAUUAUGGUAUUGUAAGAAUCCUAAGUUUAAGUUUAAGAUAAUGAAAGUCGACAAUGACAUUCAUAUGUUACUGGAAAAGGUUUUAUACCAUGUCGGUGAUAUGAGCUUCGAUGAAUUGAGUGUCUGUUUCCUGUUCCUAACGAAACUAUCAAUCAACAUGCAAACCGAAGUAAUGACAACGAUUCUAGAGCGCCUGUUAGAGCAUUUGAAAAAUGGUGAAUCAACCGAUUUCUCUCUGGGUGCGCUGUCCCGAUUCGCUGUCGCUGUUAACUUGAAUCCACAACUAAACGAAAGUUUCGUUGGUCAGAGUAUUAUGCGACAAGUUCUGUUCUACAUAGAUCGAGUGACUACGAGUAAUGAACUGCGUCUGUUAGCAAUUUGUUUGAAUAAUCUUCGUAGUUUGCUGUCAAAGGAUACGAUUGGCCUAGUCGAAAAAAAGGUCUACCAGUUCAUUGAAGAGGGUAAAUUGAAGGACGACCAAUGGGCGAUUUUGAAAAUUCUACAAUUUUUAUGCUUCCCGUAUUGGUCGCAGGGUUCCUUUCCGUUGAUUCGAGCGCUGCUGUUAGAACUGCAGGAGAAGAUACCAACUUUCAAUACGAGAGAGCUUGAAUACGUUGGAAUGUUGUGUCAAGUUAAUUUUGAGCCGGCAUCGGUAAUUACAACGAUAGCAGCACGUGCUUUAGAACUACUGAAGAACAAUCCAUCGCCUGAAAUGCUCCCGUCAACGGUUUUCUAUUCGAGUCCGGCGAACCGAAAACACCUGACGAAAUUAGCAAAAAAUUAUUUAAUUUCCGAUCCAAACCCUGACGCUGCAGCAUUGAAGUCGCUAUUUAAGGCUCUUCGCCUCUUGAAAAUAUCCGACAUAACUGUUUGCAAUGACUAUUGGUCGAAGGUAAAUAACUUCAUCAUGUCGAAUCCAUCACAACAAAAAUUCCACAUGAUCACAAAGUACUGUCAUCGCUACAUGCAUUUCAACAAUAACCUAAACGGAACGUACAAAAACUAUCCGCUAGAAAAGACGUUAGUGAAAUUACUAGUCAAAGAUCUUGAUGAGGGCAUAUCGGCUGUGAUACCAUCAAGAUUCAGCAAAGCAGCAUCGUUUAUUCUAGCCUACGGUCACACACCGGACAAAUACACUUUCCCGGAAUACAUUGUGCAGAAAAUCGAAGCGAUGCAGGAACAAUUUACGGUUGUCGAUUGUUUGACAUUGACGCGGGGCAUUCAAGUGGCACUGCAGAUGAGAUUCAAUCGAGAAAGAAGUCCAGCGCUGAUCCAACAGAUCGUUCGCAUGGAGAAUGUGUUCAAUGCGUGUACAGACAGGCAUUUGGAUCAGCCCAAUCUUUCGUUGAGUGAUUUGAAUAGUGUUAUUCGGUCGUACAGUAGUAGGAAAUCCGAGAUGAAGGCAUCAAUUUACCGGAAAAUGAUUGAGAAAUAUGAAACCAUUCAUCACGAACCACUCAAUUCGCGUAUCAUUCGAGACAUCACUUUCAAUUUAAAUGUGGCCAAAUAUAGUGUGCCCACGUUGUGCAACAGCAUAAAUGAGUACGUUAUAAAAAAUCGUGAAUUCGUUUUGGGCGACACCGUGCAAAAGGUUCUGUACUGCUUCUACAAUUUGAAUUACUAUCCGAAGGACGAGACCAUUUUCGAAUGUGCGACAGAGAGUAUCAACAGAGACUUCGACAUUUUGAGCGGGCUAGCCGUUGUGGAGGGAUGCUUAGCUUUAUCCUUUUACAAAGAGCUACCAGGACCCCUAAUCGAUCGAGUAUUUAACAUUAGCUUCAUACAGCGCUUGGAAGACGAAAUAGAGCAGUGCUACUCGAAAGAUUUUUAUCCACAGCGCGUUCUCAAUUCCGUAAUGCAAUUGAACCGUGCGGUGUGCUUGGAUUAUCCAGAAAAUGGAGUUCCCUGGUUUCAGCAGAACUACAUCGAAGCUCAACUAUCCAACCUGCCUACCACCAGAAAUAAAUUCCACAGAGACGUGAAGCAAGUGCUGAUUGAAUACGUCACCGACGAAAAACUCUUAAAAAUCGAUCACAUCACCCCGUACGGUUACCGAAUCGACUUCGUUUUGUAUAUUGAUGCGAACAAGACUGUAAUGAUACCUCCGAAAUUGAAUGACCCAGUGCUGCACGUCGAUAAGGUCGCCAUACUGCUGCUAGACACGGACACAUUAUGCCAAAACGACUUUCAGAAUGUGCGUGGCAAGCAAGUGCUUAAAGAAAGACAUUUGGAAAUGAUGGGCUUUAAGGUGGUGCAAAUCAACUACAUUCAGUGGAAUUCCAUGUACAUGAGUUUACCGGGAGCGAAAAGUGACUAUGUGAAAGGCUUGUUGAGCUAGUGAUCUGUAGUGAGACUUAGUAAAUUUUGUUUUAAUUAAAGAGAAGAAAGCU